AUGAUCUACGAAGUGACUGUCAAAAUAAACAGUGAAAUACAGAAGGAAUAUGAAGAGUACAUGAAGAAGCAUAUCCAAGAUGUGGUGAAUACAAAAUGCUUCACGACCGCCAACUGGUUCACUUUUUCUGAGGACAACAACGACAAGAGCAUCACCUCUUACGUCAUCACUUACAAAGCGAAGUCCGAAGAUUCCUUCAACGAGUACCAAAAAACCUACGCCAAAGCCCUCCAAAAGGAGCACACCGAGCUCUGGGCGGAAAAAUUUUCCGCCUCUCGAAGAUUGCUUUUUGAAAAAAUGACCUUUGUCGACUUGGAUCUUUAA